AUGUUCGAGGAGAAACUCAUCAUCGGUGUGGCUUCGGCCUUUUCCAUCCUGACCAUAGCCGCAUGUCUGAUCGUGAUUCCAUCGCUCUACAAUACCAUCAACGAGAUGCACGAUCAGGUCCUCGAAACAGUCUCUAAAAGUCGUCGGAAUUAUGGAGUUAGUCCGAUGUGA